UUGCGUGUAAAACAUAUACGAAAUAUAUUUGACUUCUACCGAAAAAGGCGUUCUCCCGUGCCCCAUUGUAGAUAGUUGAAGCGAGUGUGGAAACGAAAAUGCAAGUGUAUGAUUAACCAAUCGGCAAACAAAAAACGAAUGAUUGAUGCCUUCGGCCUCUGCGGACACUGCAAUUACAGACGGGCCUCAAAACUCUCUGGGCUCCCUCCUUGGUGAAAAAUGAAAAUGAUGUAGCUGCAAAAUCGACAAGAAGAGAGAGGAAGAACCGCAGAGCAGAGAACCGAAGAAAUAGCUAGAUGAAAAUUCAGCGAAAAGAAUAUCCCCUAUAUGUAAUACAAAACCGACUAUUCAAAGUGUACAUCUACACAUCUAUAACCUGAUAUAUACACAUACGCAGUUGCAUCAGCAUGCCUGACCGUGAUUCGGUUUCUGAUUCCGAUGAUUCCGGUGAUUGCAGCCGUCGCGGAGGCGCUAAAAUGAAUCAGCAGCAACAACAGCAGCAACAGCAGCCGUCGUGCAGCAAAAGCUCUGCGCCGGAUACGAGGAAUCGACGCAUCAUCAUGCGCAUCGAAUUCAAUGACUCUGACGACACCGACGACGCCAACCCCAACCCCCCAAACUCUGGCGAUGAUCCUGACCUUGAUGCAAGACCAUCCUGCUCGACGGCGUCCUCGCGUUUUCGUCGGAGCACCCGCCGACAGCGACGUCCCCCUGCCACUCAAGAUUCCGACUCGGAUGCCGUGCAAAGAAGAUCCACAAGAAUUCGGAAAAACCGCUAUGGACCCCAAAGUGACGACUGCUCCUCCAGCGGAAGUGAGAUCGGACAACGCCCUAAGCGAUUGCGUGGUCAAAGCGGCAAGAGGAAAAAGCUAGAGUCCGACGAAGAAGAACCAAGUGACGAAACUGAAUCCAAGACGAGACUCAGUCCUGGGCCUGCGGAAGAUCCCGGUUUCAGCUCCGACAGCAGCAGCAACGAGCUGUUGGAAAAGUGUCCAAUUUGUUUAUUUACCUUCCGGCAACAGGAGAUCGGCACACCGGCCACAUGCGAGCAUAUAUUCUGUGCGCCCUGCAUCGAGGCAUGGUCGAAGAAUGUCCAGACCUGUCCCAUCGAUCGGAUAACCUUCGACAGGAUCGUGGUGCGCGACAACUAUGCCGAUCGCAAUGUGGUGCGCGAGUUGCGCGUGGAUCUAAGCAAAUCAAAAACGGAACUGGCCCUCGAAGACGAGGAAGACGCGGCUGCGACUGUGGCCGAUGUGACCAAUUGCGAGAUCUGUCGCAGUCCGGAGCGAGAGGAUGUGAUGUUGCUCUGCGACAGCUGCAAUCAGGGAUAUCACAUGGACUGCCUGGAUCCGCCGCUGGACGAGAUACCCGCGGGCUCCUGGUACUGCGACGAGUGCAUUGAUUCCAACGAUGAGAAUUCCGAUGAUAAUCUUGACCUGGCCGAGGACCUAAACAUGCUGUACGAGGACAUCCGGGGCAUGGGUCUGCCCGAGACGCGUCUGCGCGUGAGAGAGGUUCAGCAACAGCCAAGGAUAGUCCGUACCCGCCAAAACGAACGCAUACGCGCUGCUGUUUUGCGUCGCACCCGUGCCGCCACUUCAGCGGACGCCGCGGCCUCCGGCUCCACCACGACCCGUACGCGUACCACCCGUACCACAACCACGACGACAACAACCACACGCACCACCACAAACCGUCGACAAACAACGCAGCGACGAAGGCGCCGCCGCACACGCCAUCGCACCUAUGUCGUGGAGUACGACCUCAACAACUUUGACGAGAAGUUUGCCCUGAAGACGACCAGCAAGAAGGUCAUACGUCGUCGUCGGCGGCGUCGUCGUCGAGUUGUUGCCUCGGCCUCCAGCGAUGAACCGGGCCGCCGUCGUCUGACUGCCAGCAAAAGACUAGCGGAGCAGCUCGGCGUCAAGGCGGAUGGCCUGCGUUCGUAUCUGAGUGGGGGAAAUGCCUCUAGCUUCACUCUAUUUGGAAAUGCCAACGAUCUGGAGUACUUCUCGGACAGUGAAGCGGGCCAGGACGAGGCGGCAGCGGGAGCAGGGGCAGGACUGGGCGCUACAGCAGUGCAAACGUCGGUGCGCAUUGCCAGCAUUGGGAAUCCGCGCAUACGCAAGGCACUCCUGCAGGGAAAGGCACGCACAGCGGCCACCACGCCAUCCUCAUCGGCCAGCGAUAUACUGUCUAGUAUUUUGGAUCUGCAGGAUCGCUGGCAUGGAGCAACGCGAAACCUAAGCGAAGUGCAGAUCCGUGCCGACGGAAGUCUGACUCUGCCACAACGUGCCGCAGCAGUCACACCAACGCCAGGAGCAGCAGCAGCAGCGGCGCCAGCCCGAGCAGCACCAGCGCCAGCUCCCACUGAAGCAGCCUCCAAGCCACCCGCAGAAGCCAUCACCCAGGCACCGCUCUACCAGCGCGGAGGUGCCGGACCCAACUUUAGUCGUGGCGGUGGCGGCGGAGGCGGUGGGUCAGGCAAUCGCUAUGGAGGCAACAGCAGCUACAACCGAGGUGGCGGCGGAGGCGGCGGUGGAGGUGCGACUGGCAAUCAAUAUCAGCGGCAUUCUACUGGCGGUGACAGUGGUGGAGGCGGCACCGGAUUCAAUCAGAAUUUCAACAAUAAUAACCCCGGCAACAGCAACGUCUCCAGCUUUACGCCCUUUCACCUGCGCUUUAACACGCCCAAUCGACAGCAGCAGCAGCAGAGAAACCAGAACCAGAACAUGCAGAUGCAGCAGCGGCAGCAGCAGCUGGGACCAGGCCCAAACCCUUCCUCGUUCCGUGGCAAUGGGCCGAGCCAUCCCUCCGCCGUGGCAUCACCAGCAUCCAAUAACUUCUCACAAAGACCUCCCAUCUUUCCACUGAGUCAUAUUGCGGCACCAGUGAUGCCCGGUCUGCCUGGUCCAGGUCCCGCUGUGGGUCGUCUUUCAAUGCCGGCGGUGCUGACCGUACCACCACCACCGACGCCACCCGCCAGCCUCUCGUGGAACAGUCCCCUCUUCAAGCUGAGCACGGACUAUGCCCAGCAGCGGCCAGCAGCAGCGAUGACAAGAAAGCCGCUGAGCGGCCGAAAGAUGGACAACGAUGACGAUGCCGACAACUGUCCAAACUUUUCGAUCUACUCGCAGGAAUCACAGGCGGUGGCCAAUGCGACGGCUUUGCCCAUUGGGCCACAACCAAUGCCUACAGCCGAAGAAGCAGAUAAGGACGACGAUGACGCGAAUGAGGAUUUAGUACAAUUAGACGAUGAUGAUGAUGAGGAUGAGAAUGCUGCAGCAGCGCAGCCGGAUAACAGCAUACCCUUGCCCCCGGAAAAGGCAUCCGAUCUGUAUGAGCCCGAGAAUCCGACAGACGAGCAGGAGGAAGGCGACUCCAACAUCGAUGGAGAGCCCAUGGAGGAGGAGCCCGAGCCCGAGGUCGAGCCCGAGCCCGAGCGCCAGGCAGAGCCAGAACCCGAAACGGAACGAAUUUCGAGCAACAGCAACUCAAAUCUGGAGCCGACAGUGGAUGAAGAAGAGGAGACCAAGGCGCACAGCACUCCCAGUCCCGUUCCCAAGGCGCGGGAUGGUGGCAGAGUGGAAAGGGACAGGGGCAAGGGUGUGCUGGAGCUCUAUGACGACAGCGAUUGGGAGGAGCUGGACAUUGACAAGCCCAAAGAGUUUGAAAAGGCGCUGGAUGACACUGAAGUGGCUGCCACUGCCGCAGCAGAGGCUCCCCAGGUGGCAUCCACCUCUGAGCCAACACCUGCCAAGAAGAAGGACAAGGACGAGGCAGCAAGGAGCAGCAGCGAACGAGAGCCGGAUCGUUCCUACACGCCCUGUCUGGAUGAAAAAGGAGACGAUGACGAUGACGAAGACGAAGAGGCCUCUGCAGUGAGCGAAAAGCAUCAGAUCGAAGCCUCCACUAGUCCCAAGUCACCGUGCUCCAAGUCCAGCGACGACGAAGAGAAUGCAGAGCAAGAACCGGCGGAGAACAUUGGCACGGAGCUCAUUUCCGAGGAUGAUUUGGCCAAUGAGAAUGAGGCGAAGCAGAGACGCAGUCGCAGUCGUCGCCGCAGCGAGGGAGGAGCCACAGCCGGCUCCCCCAAGGAGCCACCGAAGGAAAACGAGAGCAAAUCCAAACGUUCGAAGCGUGGCAAGGAUGAGACCUUCAAGAAAGUGGGCAAGCGGCCCAAAGAGCGCAACUAUCGCGGCGACAAGCAGACGGAUGAGACACGGCGCAGCGGCUCUCGACGACGCACAAGGACACCGCGAAGGAGUUCGGCGGCGUCCAGGAGUCCCCAGUCGCCCAGAGGAUCGCGGAGUCCACCGCAGCCACACAGCCGCAGCCGUAGCCGCAGUCUGAGCAGAAGCCGCAGCCGGAGCCCCAUUCGGAGUCGUAACCGACGCAGGCCGCGUGGCAGUCGCUCCAAGUCCUACAGCCGUUCCCGUUCCCGGUCACGCUCGCACUCGAAUGGACGCCAUGGACGGCCUUUCCGUGGUCGCGACUUCCAACGUGGCGGAUUCCAGCGCGGCCGUGGGGGCAUGCGCUUCAACUACAACAGGAAUCAGCAGCAGUUCCACAAUCGGCCAUACCAGCAUUUCCACAGUCAGGGCCAGAACCAUCAGAACCAGCACUAUUUCCACAACAACCAGAACAACCAGAACUACCACAUGCAGAACCAGAACCAGAAUCAGAACUUCUACCAGCGUCCCAAGCGGCGGGAGCUGGCCCGCUACGAUGUGCGCAAUGUGGUGGGCGCCGGGUCGCGGCAUCAUGUGCCCACGGCCAAGGAUCGCUAUGGCCGUGAUGCCAUGCGGUCGGCCAGGAGUCGUUCCGGCGGCAGCUUUGAGCGCCGUCGCUCCUCCCACAGUCCUGGGUUCUCGCGCAGCGGCUCUCGUGGUGGUGCACCCUCGCGGUCGCGCUCAGCCACGCCCAAGCGGUUGCGCAGCUUCAGUAUAUCGCCCUCACCGCCGCCGGGCACAUCGCCACAUCGCAAGCAGCGGCGCCGAUCCAUGUCGCCGGGACCAGGACGUCGCUAUGUGCGUUCCCCUUCGGUCUCGCCACCACCCAAGCAGCGACGGGAUUCGCCGCCAAUGCAUCCGAUGCAUGUGAUGGAUCGUGGGCACAGCCCCAUUUCGCUAAGAUCUGGAUCCCACACACCGACGCGAGUCAAUGGAGGCCGUAAUCUGGCCCCCCCUCCGGUGUACCAUAAUUCGCCGCGCUAUACGCCCCGAUUGAGUCGCAGUCGGACGCGUUCCAAGAGUCCCAAGGCGGUGCCCAAGAAGAAAAAGAAGAAAUCGGACAAGAAAAAGAAGAACAAGAAGCGAACGGCCAGCACUAGUCCGACAACGGCCGCCCGCAUGAGGCGCAUCUCGCGACAACGCGAUCCUUUCGAGGAUGCCGAUGAUUUCCUGGCGCCCCAAAAGAAGCGACGCCACUCGCCGCCCAUCAGCAAGGGAGUGCCAGCCGGCCACUGGUCGCCAUCGCCCAGCCUCUCCGAUGAUCAUAUGAAGUUCAUUCACGAUGGUGGGGAUAAGAACUCCUCGUGGACACCGCCUCUUGGCUCGCCCAAGGGCCUGCCCGGUCACUAUGCGGAUGAUGGGCGACGCAGUGCCACGCCCUUGGGCCUGGGUAAGAAGGCGAAACGGAAGCGGGACAAGAGCAAAAAGAAAAAGAAGCCCAUCGACAAGCUGCAGCGCAAGGAGAAGAAGAACCGCAAGCGUCGCACCCAGACACCGGAGCCCAUCCCCUCGAAGGAGGUCUUUGCCUCUGGGAACAACAUCCUCGUGAGCGUUAGCUUCAACAAGGAGCCAGCCAGCGGUACGAAUGCCAGUUCCUUGCAGCAGCAGCAACAGCAACAGACGGUGGUGACCAUGCCGGCACUGCGGCAUGAUGAUCUUCUAGCGAAUCGUUUGACCGGCUCCUCCAUGGACCGACUGCUAAGCAACGCCAGCGCGAAGCCAAAGCUAAAGAAGGACAAGACCCGCAAGCGCAAAAAGUUGGACGCCAAACCGGUGGCCAUCAUUGAUCUGGAACGCUCGCCCUUCCAAGUGCAUCAAGAGCCAGCGGAUGUGAUUGUGCUCACGGACAGCGAAGAUGCCAACGAGGCGCCGCCGUCGCAUCCGAUGCGCAGGGACAGGGAGAGGCACCACGAUCUGAUGCGGGAGAACGGUCAGCGGGAGAAGACGCCACAGGUCGAUUCGCUGGCCACGAUUAUGGAGACCUCCUCGUACGAGGCGGUGCAGCAGACGACAGGCCCCAAGACCCCGCCAGAGCCACCAAUUGUCAAGUUCAAUCUACCUGCCAAGAAACAGCACAAAGUGCGUAGCAAUCCCCUGCACGAGGAUACCGAUGACAUCAAUUCUGCGGACGAGCUGGAGGCCGCCUGCUCCUCCAGGGAGCUGCCCGGGGCUGGCAUUGACGACCACGACAAUGAUGAUGGACAGCAACAGCAGCAGCAUCAGCAGCAGCAGCCGCAUGGCCUCAGUCACGAGAGCGGCACACAGAAGAUCGGUCCGAAUACGCCGCCAGAGUCCGGACCCUGCUCACCGGAUGCCUACGAUCCGUUUGAGCCGACCAAGUCGCCCUCGCUGUCGCCCCGAUCACCGACGCCCACACCUACACAGAACCUGGAGCAGGCGCUACCGAAUAGCUCAGGCUCUGGAGGACCAGGGGAUAAAUCCGACAGCGAUAGCCACAGCCACAGCCACAGCCUGGCCCCGGCAGCUGUGUCGAACAGCACUGGGACGCAGACGCAGACUCAGACACAGACAAGUGGUGUCAUCAAUCCCGUGGAUCUGGUGAUGGCGCUGAUGAACAAGCCGAACCAAAGUACCACUGCCAGCCAGCAGCAGGAGAAGGCCGGCGGCAAAGCAUGCGACGUUGUAACCUCCACGCAGUAUCUCGGCAGCAGCAGUUCCAUGUCUGCGGGAGUCGUCGGAUCGAGUGCCGGCGGAAUCGGCGGCGGCGGUGACGGCGGAGGCCACGACAAAACGAUGGCCGAGAGUAAUGCCAUCACGGUCCUCUCCAAUGUGCUGCUCUCGGGCAGCAGCGUGGUGUCCAGCUCCCAGCAUAUACCGGUGAUUUCUAGUCCAACGCCGCUGCCGAAGAAGCUCACUCCGCUGCCGAAGGCGGGCGGUGGGAGCACUGCCAGCAGCAGCAGCUGUGGCCUCGCAAAUCUGCCCACCACCAGCUCUGGCCUGCGCAACGGCGGCGGCAGCGGCAAUGCGGCGGGUGCGACGGUCAGUGCACUGGACGACUCCUUUAACAUGGAUAUCGAGAGUCCAUAUUCUCCAGGAUCGGCGGACUAUGAGGAUCUGUUUGAGCCGCCGCCGCAACAACGCUCGAAGGCGGGCGGUGGCGGUGGCGGUGCCAAGACGGAGAUGUUUGACAAUCUCUUUGGCAGCACCUCCCCAGUGGGCAAUAUGGCCAGGAUGUCGCGCUUCAAGAAAUCCCAGAGGGGUAAUAACAAAGGCGAUCGUAAAUCUAGAAAAGGUGGCAAAUCAUCAGACGACCACAAGGCGGCAUACGACGAUCUACCCAAUUCGGCAACGGAUCUGCAAAAUAAGGAUAGAUUUUUGCGUAAGCUGAACCGACAGGAACGUGUCGUUGAGGAAGUGAAAUUGGUAUUGAAGCCGCACUUUAACAAGAAGGUGAUUACCAAGGAGGAUUACAAGGACAUAAUGCGAAGGGCUGUGCCAAAGAUCUGUCACAGUCGGUCGGGUGAAAUUAAUCCACACAAGAUUAAAAAUCUAAUCGAUGCCUAUGUGAGGAAGUUCCGCGCGAAGCACAAGAAGUUGAGUCUCCUCAACACGGGGCAGGUUAGCAGCGCCGUCAAGUGUGCCGCCUAUUUAAAGAAGCUAUAAGCAGAGACCCAGAGCGCAAUCGAGCAGCGUCUUGGAUGUGGCACAUUUUUUGGGUGGAUUGAACGAAACGAAACAGUUUAGCGGUCGCAUGCAUUCCUACACUCUACCAUCAACAAAAUAUUCACCGGCCGCACUCGCGAAAUGAAAAGAAGGAAAGAAAGAGAAACAACCACUCAUAAAUGGUCAUUUAUGUACUAUUGGAAUUUAGUUGUUAAGUCAAUUUUAGGUCACCUUACGAAUGAUUUUUAAGCGCAUAAGCGAACAUACAUACACUGAACACUGAAAUGAAGAUAUUUAAACAUUAAGCAAAGCCUCCCCCAAUAUUUCGUUUCGCCCCAAACUAAAGGCAGUUUAUUUAUACAAGAAAUGCAAGCAAGAUUUAGUUGAUUAGAUUGUUUAUUAUAUAGAAUGACACUUGUAAUGAUAUAACUAUUACCUGUUUUUUGCAUCAACGCGAUUGUAAAGUAGUGGCACGGAUGAAGUGUGUCAGAUAUAUUGUAUUUUACCUCUGAUAAUUUAAAUAAUUAAGUUUAAAGCAAAUUAAAAAAGCAUAAUUAGUACGGCCAUGCAUUACACCGGACAAACCGCCCACCCAUUCAUUGACAUGGCACAAAAGCGAACCACUGUGUUCAGGUGUGGCUUGGGUUUAUCCGGUUAUGGGUGUAUUUUAUUUUUGAUCGUUAUAUAAACAAUUGUAAUUAUGUAUUCAUAUAGAUCACCUAAAUAAAUAGCUGUGUGUACUCCUCCCGUUCCGUUUGGUGUGUGCAGUUUUGAUUUACGAAAGUUUCUAAUCAAAGCACAUGGUAGUCUGUCAGUCAUCGUUUAUUGAAUAGAGAGAGUGUACGUUACGGUACGAGUACUCGUAUGCAUUAAACACACACACACACACACACACACAAUUGAUAAGCGUAUGAAUAUUAUACAUAUAUCAUAAUAAUUGUGCUAAAUCGUUUUGUAAAUAUCCAUAUAAUUGAAAAUAAACGCGAUCAUUAACUAAUCCAAUUUA